GCGAUCCCGCCGGCGAUCAGUCCGAUAUCCUUUCUUGAGUAGCCGGGCUUCUGUGUCUUUCUCAGGUACUAAUUUGAUUGUCCUAAGAGUAGAAUUUGUUAUUGAUCGGACGACCAAAAGAAGUCACCUUAUGGAUCUUCACGCACAGAGGGCAAAGGGUUUAGAGGGAAGGUGUAAGGUGCUAAUUAGUUUUUUCUGGUGGCAUCUAUUUGGAUUAGGCUGAUGUGUUAAUUCUUUUUUGACAAGAAUUAAUCAAAGUCUUUGUGGUUUUUGUUGUGUGUUUUACAAAAUUAGUCUACCAAUUUCCUUCUAAGAUUAUCUAUUGGUGCCCAAGUGGUGGCAGCUCAUUCAUCACCAUUGCAAUCACUGCCAGUGCUUGUUUACCAACUGCAUAUAAUAUAGAUAUUGUGCUUCUGGCUUCUGCCUGAAAUAAGAUUUAAGAGUGAAAUUUUGUUUUUCUGCUUCCAUCAUAAUAGCUACAAUAAAAAUUAACCAUUUAGAUAUUUGGACAAAGGAUGGUACAGUCUCUCAGCAAGUCAAGGUUGAACCCAAAGUGACAGAUCAGGAAGUACCAGCUCUUGAAGAUGCUGAAGUUCUUGAUGAGGUGGAAGAAAAUAAGAAACGCCACUUGAAUGUUGUGUUCAUUGGUCAUGUUGAUGCUGGGAAGUCGCAAUUGGAGGACAGAUACUCUUCCAUAGUGGUCAGGUUGAUGACUGUACAAUCAAAAAAAUAUGAGAAAGAAGCAAAAGACAAAAGUAGAGAAAGUUGGUAUACAGCAUAUAUUAUUGACACUAAUUAAGACGAGAGAAUUAAGGGUAUUACCGUGGAAGUUGGAAGAGCAUGCUUUGAGAAAGAAAAUACUAGGUUUACCAUUUUGGAUGCACCUGUCACAAGAGUUAUGUCCCAAAUAUGAUCAGUGGAGCAGCCCAAGCAGAUAUUGGUGUUCUGGUUAUUUCUGACAGUAAAGGGGAAUUCAAAACUGGAGAUGAGAGGGGUGGGCAAACCCGUGAACAUGUUCAGUUUGCAAAAACUUUGGGUGUAUCUAAGCUGUUCGUGGUUGUGAACAAAAUGGAUGAUCCCACUGUUCACUGGUCACAAGAAAGAUAUGAUGAAAUUGAAUCUAAGAUGAUACCAUUUCUGAGGUCUUCAGGCUACAAUGUGUAAAAUGAUGUCCAGUUCCUACCAGUAUCUGGUCUUCCUGGUUCCAACAUGAAAAUGAGACUGGACAAGAGUGUAUGCCCCUGGUGGAAUGGCCCCGGCCUCUUUGAAGCUCUGGAUGUAGUUGAAAUUCGUCCUAGGGAUCCAAAAGGUCCUUUUCGGUAUGAUUUAUUGCUGUAGGAAUUCAUACAACUCCAGGAAGUAAGUAUAA